AUGUCUCGUCUCAAUGACUGUUCAAAACUCAAUUUCCGUCUCAUCGUACUAGGUGGCCUGUUCCUUUUCGGAGGAGUGCUCAUGUUCUUCGACCGAUCGCUGUAUGUUUGUCUAUACCAGUCGAAUAUCAGGCCAGCAACCAUUUCGCAGACUUCAAAGCUGACCUCUUUCUCCACCAUCUCCAGACUCGCGAUGGGCAAUAUCCUCUUCCUCAUCGGCCUCACCUUGAUCAUCGGCGUCCAAAAAACAAUUGUGUUCUUCACACGGCCGCAGAAACUCAAAGGCACCGCAGGCUUCUGCGCAGGCAUUAUUCUCAUCCUCCUCCGCUGGCCAUUGAUCGGGUUUUUCGUCGAAUUAUACGGGUUAUUUAUUCUUUUCGGGGACUUCCUCGUGACGAUCGGUCAAUUUGCCGGUAAUAUCCCGGUUGUCGGGACUUACAUCAGACGCGGACUGGAGAUUCUGGCUGGGGAACGGAGUAAUGCCGAGUUGCCUGUAUGA